AUGACAGUUACUGAGAAAAUACCAAUUUGGCUAGAUUGUGAUCCAGGUAAUGAUGAUGUGUUUGCUAUACUUUUAUCUACCUUCAAUCAAAAUUUCAAUUUAAUAGGAAUAUCAACCGUUCAUGGUAAUGCCCCAUUAUCAAUGACAACUCAUAAUACACUUGCAUUAUUAGAUAUUUUAAAUGUUUAUCAUAUUAAAGUAUAUCAAGGUUCAGAAACACCAUUGAUUAAACCAUCACAUUUCGCUCCUCAAAUACAUGGAUCUAAUGGGAUCGGGGGUGUUAAAUUCCCUAAAGAUACUAUCAAUCAAUUAUGUUAUGAUGUUAAUUAUUUACAAGCUAUGAAACAAGCUAUAUUGAAUUAUAACCAUAAAUUAUGUUUGAUCUGUACAGGUCCUUUAACUAAUGUAUCGAAAUUAUUCACUACAUACCCUGAAUUAACUUCAAAGGUCAAUUUAAUAUCAAUCAUGGGAGGAGGGUUAAAUAUUGGGAAUGUGACACCAUAUGCUGAAUUCAAUUUUUUUGCUGAUCCUGAUGCUGCUGAUAAUGUGUUGAGUUUAACCGGGGUAAAGAUUAAUUUAGCACCAUUGAAUUUAACUCAUAAAGUGAUAGCUACUAAGGAAAUUCGAAAUAAAAUCUUUAAUAAAAGUUUAACUUCUAAGAAUUCAAAAUUUAGGAAAAUCUUUUACAAUAUAUUGAAUUUCUUUAGUGAAUCUUAUAAGAUUAAGUAUGGUAUAACUGAAGGACCACCAAUUCAUGAUCCAGUAGCAUUAUUUUCGAUAUUACCAUUCUUAGAUACGGAGAAUGAGAAUGAAGAUUAUAAUUAUCAAUACAUUAGAAAGAAAUUAAGAGUGAUAACAGAUGGUGACCAUCAAGGUGAAUCUAUAAUUGAUGAAGAUGAAUCAUCAGAUACAGAAGAUGGAAUUUAUAUUGGUCAGAAUAUUAAUGUGAAUAAAUUUUGGAAUGAAUUAUUACAAUGUAUUGAUAUUGCUGAAAAAUAUAAUAAAUUAUCAUUAAAAGCUGAUUUAAAUCCAACUUUUGCAUCCACCACUUUUUACUAA